CACGACGGCUGUAACCCAUUCAUUCGCAAAUUAUCUUCACAUCCUCAGACCAUAUUUCUCAUUUUUCUUCGCUCUGUUCCUGCUGGCAUGGGCGGAGCAUGAAUUUGUGCAACAUCACAUGUAAUUCUAUCCACCUACAUCGACGCCCUCCACGACGCACCUCUCAAUCUUAGUAUCAGCCACCACAUUUACUUGUUCAUACUCCUAUCCCACGAUUAACUCCAAUACCACGGUGACCCUUACAUGCGAUAGCUUUUCGACAAGAAAUAUCCUGGGUGAGGACGAGCAGAAACAAAGAAGAGGAGAGAGGAGAGAAUAAAGCACGGCCUCCCAAGAAACCCCCUGUGAACUCCAUCUCACCGCGCUCGAUGCACCCUCGGUGACAUUCAUUCCUCUUCUAAGGCUACCCUCCCUCUGCUAUCUCUUCGCUGAGUAUGGCAGACUAUGGUAGUCCCGAUUCGCGCUACCAUGCUUCGAGAAGCCCAAACUAUGGUGGUCCCCCGGCCGACCGUCAGAGAGAUGCUGCUUUCCACAACAUCUUUGGCGGAGCGCCGCCUCCAGGAAGAUCACAGACAAUGACAACCCAGUCGUCAGGGAUGAUGUACGAUCGCUCCAACAGCUUGAGCAUGGGUAUGCAGCCAGCCCAACACACAAUGUCUAUGCGACAGGGACCGCCUCCGCCCAUGCGACAUCCUCCACAGAAUUACGACCGUGCAAACGGCAUCGUCCCAGCUCAGCCCUACAUGAACGGCACAGGUAACCCAAGACCUAUGCCGCAUAAUCCCCCACCCAUGUUUCCAGAUCGGAGACCAUACCCCCCUCCUCAACGCAUGGAUCCACGAUCAGGAGGACCGCACAUGAUGCCCAAUCCAUAUGAGCGCAGGCCUCUUCCCAACAGAAUGCCUCCUCCGGCACUGAAUAACGACUCCUACAGAUCACGAUCUAUGGUGAGACCGGGUGAGCCUACCAUUGGUUACCGACCUCCACCCAAUAGUUUCCAACAAGGUACGGCUGGUGCCAUUCGACAGCAACCUUAUGCUGGAAUGGGUCCCAUGGGUCCAUCUAGAACGACUGCGCAGGGCCGGCACAUCCCUGAACGUCCUGACGAUCGCGCGAUGUCCAUGGGUACAUAUUCAUUUGAUCGUGAUCACACACAACAGUUGACUAGUGGAAGGGUUGUGCCUGGGAGACGUCGAGAAGCAGAAGGUGAUCCCUUUGCAGAUCAGGUAUCUGUUCAAGGGUCUUUCAAUUCAACCAGCUCGCCGGCGUACGUGCCGACACACCGUGCACGCCGCCCUAGUGAGAGCAGCGCAGCCCCGCCACGGACGGUAUCAUCGGCUUCUAUCGCUUCUGGUUCUUCUGAUCUGACGGGCACAACGAUGAACGGGUCACGCAGUGAUAGUAUGAAGCAACGCCCUGCACCAUCCAGUCAUUCCUCAAGUCAGAGCACGACGAGCACCGUUGUUCAGAGAAAGUCCCCAUUGGUGUACCCGGCUCUUCUCUCACGUGUCGCCAGCGCCUUUCAGGAACGUAUUGGUGUCGGUGACAGGGAGAAGAACGACUUGUCUUACAAGAACGCCUUUACAGGUGCGGAAGCUGUUGACCUGAUUGCUUAUAUCAUCAAAACUACCGAUCGCAAUCUGGCUCUGCUGCUUGGGCGUGCUUUGGAUGCGCAGAAAUUUUUUCAUGAUGUUACCUAUGAACAUCGACUAAGAGAUGCACCUGGAGAGGUUUACCAAUUCAAAGAAACCCUUGGAGAGGAGGCAUCAUCAAAAGACGUCAAUGGUGUCUUCACCUUACUCACAGAAUGUUAUUCUCCCACUUGCACAAGAGACAAUCUCUGCUACUCUAUCGCAUGUCCGCGAAGGUUGGAACAACAGGCGAGACUUAAUUUGAAACCACAGCCGGGUCUGAGACACUCCAAUUCAAGAGGCAGUCUUCACGACAAUGAUGACCAGGAACAGAAACUCUGGAUCAACAGCGUACCAAAAGAAGUUGCCGAUAGAAUUGAUGAUCGCGAGAAAAAGAGACAAGAAGUCAUCUCUGAGAUCAUGUACACAGAGCGUGACUUCGUCAAGGAUUUGGAGUAUCUACGCGACUUCUGGAUAAGACCGUUGCGCGGGUUGGGCAAUGUGGCAUCUCCGAUCAAAGAAGAAAAGCGUGAAAAGUUCGUGCGCACGGUCUUUGGCAAUUGUCUGGAAGUUCUUGCAGUCAACGGGAAAUUCGCAGACGAAUUGUCCAAAAGACAAAAGGAGCAGCAUGUGGUACAAUGUAUUGGAGAUGUCUUUUUGAAAUGGGUUCCCCAGUUCGACCCAUUUAUCAAGUAUGGUGCCAAUCAAAUGUACGGCAAAUAUGAGUUCGAGAAGGAGAAAGGAGCAAAUCCCGCAUUUUCUCGCUUCGUCGACGAGACCGAAAGACUCAAAGAGUCAAGGAAGCUGGAGCUUAAUGGGUAUCUCACGAAACCAACGACUCGUUUGGCUCGGUAUCCACUUCUACUCGACAAUGUACUGAAAUACACCAAGGACGACAACCCUGAUAAGAAGGACAUACCCAAAGCCAUCGGAAUCAUCAAGGACUUCCUGGCUCGAGUCAAUGCUGAGAGCGGCAAGGCUGAAAACCACUUCAACCUGCUGCAACUGAAUCAAUCGCUCAAGUGGAAUCCAGGAGAGUAUACAGACCUGAAGCUCACUGAGGAGAACCGUGUCAUCUUGACCAAGAUGGGUUUCAAAAAGUCCCCGACCGAUACUGCUGAAGUACAGGUUUACUUGUUUGACCAUGCCGUCCUGAUGUGCAGGGUCAAAACCGUGAACAAGAGAGAAGAAUUGAGAGUCUACCGAAAACCAAUUCCCCUGGAACUUUUGGUUAUUGCCGAAAUGGAUCAGGUUAUUCCUCGAUUGGGUAUCGCAAAACGGCCUUCCUCAAGUCUCAUACCCGGUGCCAAAUCAUCGGCAUCGAGCACUCCAGGUCAGAAAGAAGUGUAUCCCGUCACCUUCCGUCACCUUGGUAAAGGUGCUUAUGAGCUUCAACUCUAUGCCACCUCCAUUACCCAACGUAAGAAGUUCAUUGAACUGGUGGAAGAGCAGCAGAGUAAGCUUCGAGAGCGCAGCAGCGAUUUUUAUACCAAGUCGAUUCUCUGUGAAGGCUUCUUCAACGCCCAAAACCGAGUCAAUUGCCUUGUGCCAACUGAUGGUGGGAGAAAACUUAUUAUUGGUACCGACAACGGGAUCUACAUUGCCGAUCGAUUUACCAAGGAUAAGUCGAUCAAACCAAGACGAAUCCUUGAUGCCACUCAAGUGUCUCAAAUUGACACUUUGGAGGAGUAUCGACUACUUUUGGUCCUCUCGAACAAAACACUCACUUCUUAUCCGUUCGAAGCACUCGAUGCGAAUAAUCAGAACCCUCUGGCGACACGACCUCGAAAGAUUCAAGGCCAUGCUAACUUCUUCAAGGCUGGGAUUGGUUUGGGUAGGCAUUUGGUUUGCUCUGUCAAGACAUCGGCUCUGUCAACGACUAUCAAAGUAUACGAGCCUAUGGAUGACCUAACAAAAGGCAAGAAGAAGCCAGCUAUUAGUAAAAUGUUUGCGAGCGGUCAAGAUGCCCUAAAGCCUUUCAAGGAAUUCUACAUCCCUGCCGAAUCCACGUCGGUACACUACCUAAGAUCAACGCUAUGUGUUGGCUGUGCCAGAGGCUUCGAAGUUGUGUCUUUGGAAACCACAGAGCGGCAAUCACUUCUCGACCAAGCAGACACGUCCCUUGACUUCGUCACAAGAAAAGAAAAUGUCAAGCCAAUUCAUAUUGAGCGUCUUAACGGCGAGUUCCUGCUCAACUAUUCGGACUUCAGUUUCUUCGUCAAUAGGAAUGGGUGGCGAGCUCGACAGGACUGGAAGAUCACCUGGGAAGGAACUCCACAGGCAUUUGCUCUGAAUUACCCCUACAUUCUUGCCUUCGAGCCGAGUUUCAUUGAGAUAAGACACAUCGAAACUAGCGAGUUGAUUCAUGUCAUGACCGGCAAGAACGUAAGGAUGCUUCAUUCCAGUACCCGCGAGAUUCUGUACGCUUACGAAGAUGAGAGCGGUGAAGAUGUGAUUGCCAGCCUCGAUUUCUGGACUCAAGCUCAGGCUUGAGGGUGGCAGAGUUCAACGUGUAUUCUUCUUACUUUAUGGGGUUGAGGUCAGCUAGAAGCAAUUGGAGCGAAAUGCUCCCGGUUGGAAGAAUGUGUAGAUGGAAACGAACUUGAUCUCUUCAUACGAGCUCAAGAAGGAUAUGAGACCAUGGGAAAUUAUGUUCAGUGCUACCGACAACAAUUGAUUCUAGGGCAAGUUUGGACGAGGAACGCUGGAAACUAGAGCUCUAGUCUAGGACCUUUAAAUGGCCGCUUAAGGCUUUAGACAUUGUUUAUUCG